CUGAUUUUUAUUCGACAACUGCUUGUUAAUAUCACUCGAUCUCGUGAUUAUCUUUGAAUGCGCUGAUAUUCUUCUUCUGUUGUUUUCUGUAGACCUUAAUGAUAGCAGCAUUACCAAACUAAAAAUUGACUCUAACAGCUACCGGCCUUUGGAUUGGCCUUAACAUUUGCUAUUUUGUGAGCAUAUAUUUUAUAACAUCUAAUCUUGUCACAGGUAUGGCUUAUCCACGGCAAAUCUGCACUAAGUGGAAAGGUGUCGUGGGAGAAGACCAGCCUGGAAUGUUUUCUGGAGUGCAAAUCGCCGCUCACGAAAUAGGACAUGCAUUAGGGUCUGUACAUGAUGGCCAAAGCAAUUCCAAUCUUUGCUUGGCAAAAGAUGGAUAUGUGAUGAGCCCGAAAGCUGGAGGACGGAAUUCCUACACAUUUUCGAACUGUACUAUUGCUGUCAUUAGCGCGUUUUUGAGGACAAGAGAUGCGUAUUGUUUACUGCGCAACAGCAACAAUGGCUUUGUUCGGCUGCCUAAUUCCUAUGAAGAAUUACCAGGAGCUGUGAUUAAUGGCAGUGAAUUCUGUAAGAAGCACUUUCCCAAGUACCCUGCUGUUCAGUAUGUGAAGUGGGAUUCUGACCUUUCUAAAUGCAAGUAUCGCUGUAAAUUACGCCUCAAUAGUAACGGAGAUCCACAAUAUGCCAUAAGAUUUGCAUUGGAUGGAACUCCUUGCAACAGGUCGAAGCCCGGAAUGAUAUGCAAGAACGCUGUGUGCAUGUGAGGAAGCAAAAGUGUUUAUCCCGAGAAGACACGACUUCUUCUUCGUUCUUUUACAACAGGUCAAUCAAAUUUC